AUGUUGAACCUCUGCUAUGUUCAACACAAGGUGUUAGCAGUUGUCAACUGGAGUAGGGCCAAUGAAACUUCAGCAGUAAGCUGUGAGGUCCCUAUGACAAAAGAGCUGCUGACUUAUCUCUCUGAGACACAAGGUAUGAUAAAUUUGCAUCCUCAAUAAUAUCACAUCGCAUAUGUAAUACAAAUAUGGAGGUCAGAAGUAUCUUUUAUAAUGCAGCUAAAGUAAUUCUUUUUUCAGGUUUCCAUGUUGCAGAGGUGGCAUAUGACUUUGUAUUACAGCUAAAAACAUGGAUCUUGUCAAAAGGAAUGCUUAAUUCCUUUGACUCUUGGCAUGGUACUCAGUACACACUUGUAUUUUUUGGCUCAUUUUGUCUUGAUGAUUAUGACUAUUUCUUGAAAGUUAGCAUUUUAUUGUUAUUAAUAUUUUUUUGUUUAUUUUCAAGUGCAAAGUCUGUGACUAAAGCAAUGAAGGAAGUUGCCUCAGGGGCCCAGAGGGAUGAGGGCUCAAAGUGGUUUUUUGAAUUGUUAGACAAAGGUAAGAUAUCUCGCUUAUGAGAGUCAUCAAAAGCUAUAUUCUCUCCACAAUUACCUGCAGAUGUCAAAUUCCUUCUUGAUAUAAGAUGACUAUAAUGGAAUAUAAUAAUUCUGAAUAUUUUACAGUGAAAAGUACAAGGACUCUUGUAUACUUCUGCAUGAAGAACAGUCCACCCAAUGAAGAAGAAUUUCAGGGUACACUGUUGAAUGUAGUUGACCAUUACCAGGUAAUUUGAGUGACUGUUUAUUGAGACCAUAGUAUUUUGUUUUCAUUUCUGUUAGUACCUUUUGUUGUGUUAUUCUAGUAAGAUAUGACAUGAUCAUUGCCUCAAAGAUUGCACAUAUUUCUUUAAUAAUGGUGAACAAGAGACAUUAUACUUACUUUUAUUAUUACUACUGAUUUAUUAAUCUAUUUUUCUAUAACUUGGUGUAUUUAUUACUCAGGGAAAUCAUGUCAGAUGCCAUGCGGAGUCACGGUGCAAGCAGAAUGGCUAUGUGAUGAGCAAAAAACUUUUAACUAAACCUGAAGUAGUAGCUGCAUGCAGGAAAGCCAUUAUGGGCACCUCAAUUUAUAGGCAUGCAUCGGACUACAUGCGGGUAAUUAAUUGACAAAUGCUGUAUGUUUGUUUCUUUGCAUAAAGAAGUUCAUCUCUUCUUCCAAAUUAGUGAUGUUGAUGUAAGUGCCAUACAUGAGUUGAACAAAUUCAUUUUCCAGCUAAAGAAAAAUCACCCAUAAUUUGUUGCCUUCUUCAGUGCAGGGAAACAUAUUGGAUUGAGUCUCUUCAUUCAUUGAUGCUCAUUUAUGCUGCAAAGCGGAUUCAUUAUGGGGAUGACACAUACAACAUGUGCAUGGAGUUAGCCAUUCUUGAUUGGGUAAGAAACUUAUGUUGUUAAUUCUGCUCAAUUACUUUGGCACUUUUUGAAUUCACUGCCUUCUCUUGCUCAUUGACUCAUUUGUCUUACAGAAUGAAAAUGUGAAUCGAGAAGCAUCGUCUCUACAGAUGUACCAACAUACCAGGCAUCCAAACCGCUUGGCAGAGACCAGGGUGCUUACUUCAAAGACAUUUAAUUUCAGAGAAACUAUCUGGUCUACCUUUUUUAAUAUAAACAAAUGAUGUCUCUUCUGUUUUCCAUUGCACCACAGUUUCUGUGAUAAUUACAACUAGGAGCCCAAAUGUUCAGUAUUAAUAGGUGAGGUCAUUAGGGAGGACCAAUUCUAACAACUGGUGAUACCAAGCAAUGAAAACAUGAAUAUUAGGUUUGACUCAAGGUAUUUCCAAGCAGACUCAUUCUCUGUUUCCUCCUGUUACUUUUCUUUGCACUGUAUAUCUUUUCCUAACCUAUAGGAAAGUCUCUAUAAUUUGCUGUGUGGACAUUGUAAAAUGGACCAUAAAACAAAAAAUUGGGUACUUGGGCUCUCUUUGAGGUGGGCAUUUGUCUGAGAAUUUUAUUAUUCCCUUUUAUGCCCCAUGUAGGCAAUACCAGGAGGGUUAGGAAACCUUGAGCUCACAUUUGUUAUAACACAAUUGGACAUCCUUUCCCGCACUACAUUAACGUGGUCCCCAAGUUCGACUUUUCUAGCCUGGUAAAGAGGGUCUUUCCAGAGCCCACAUUUGUUCAAUGCUCUCCAGUACGUCUUCUAAUCUUUUCUACGUCGCACGUGAUUUUGAAUAUGUGCUUCGCGAUAGCCAAGGUAUUCGCGACUGUCGGUCGUUACACAUGGCGUUUGCCAACAGUAAAUACACAUUUCGAACUCGUCCCCUCUUGCAUCAGCUAUUGUAGAGACAAGGUGAAAUACCUGUUAGAGCGAAAGCGCAACUGAACGGUCAUGAAGUCUGAUAUGAUCGUACAACUAGUCUUCCCGCCUACAUUUUAUUUUGGACAAUUUUUUUAUGUACAUUUUUCAUGUUUAAUUGACACGUAUGCCCAUGGUGUAGCGUAAAAUAUUGCAAUAAAUUUAACUUGUAGUUCUAAAGAAAUAACUCCUUUCAAAAUAUUCUUAGGCAGGACAAAACAUUCUUAGGCGGGACAAAACAUUCUUAGGCAGGACAAAACAUUCUUAUGCAGGACAAAACAUUCUUAGGCAGGACAAAACAUUCUUAGGCAGGACAAAACAUUCUUAUGCAGGACAAAACAUUCUUAUGCGGGACAAAACAUUCUUAUGGGGGACAAAACAUUCUUAUGCGGGACAAAACAUUCUUAGGCAGGACAAAACAUUCUUAUGCAGGACAAAACAUUCUUAGGCAGGACAAAACAUUCUUAUGGAGGUCAAAACAUUCUUAUGCAGGACAAAACAUUCUUAG